AUGCAGAAACUCCUCAUUGUAUUCUCUGUGUUAUUAACAUUAGUUCUAGCGACGGCACCAUUUCAGGUACAAUGUCCUAGCUCUCCACUUAUUAGGGAGGCGAAACAUGAACUCUGCCCCGAAGAAACCUUGUAUCUGAAGAAGAAAGAAAUUAGAACGAAGAAUAAACUGAUUGGGUUUUUAAAAUCCUUGACAGAAGCAAAGUUCAAUUCGAAGUUUUAUAAACGUGUGAUGAAAGAUCCUCCAAAACUUGGAAUUGCCAUAUCAGGCGGCGGUUAUAGGUCGAUGCUAAUAGGCACCGGAUUCAUUUCCCAAAUGAACGACUAUGGCCUGUUUGAGUAUUCAGAUUAUAUUGCUGGGUUAUCAGGUGGAAGCUGGAUCUUGAUGGAUUUGGUGGUGCAGAAUUUUGAAGUAAACUCCCUACUACAAGAAUGGGACCUUGAAGAGGAUCUUUUAUUAGGUAUUCCAGAAUUCGAUAUUUCCGAAGAAGAGAUUGUUACCAAUGCAAAAAAGGAGUAUAAGGAUAGUGAUAUGGGGAUAAAAAAACGUCACGAAAGUACUCAGGUUACAAGCUUUUCAAACUUUUAUGAGCAAAUAGAGGUGGUCACGAAUUCUAUUGAAGAAAUUCCAGAAGACUGUAUGAUGACGAAGAGAAACUUGAAUCCAUUAACAAGACUCAAAAGAAUAUUUUUUCCAAACAACACGUUCACUGAAACUGAUGCGAAGAUCGAAACCUUUAAAACAGUGCUUGAUUUUUACAAAAAUUUGCAUUUGAAAAUUAAGCCUAAAAAAAUGGAGGGUUUCCAGAUAUCAUUUACCGAUUAUUGGGGUAAAGCGAUUGUUCAAAGGUUGAAAAAAAAUUUUGAUGGCGAUCCCAACCAUACUUUUUCGUUUUCAAAACUUGUACACUCGUCUAAAAAAUUUAGUGAAUGCAGUGUACCGAUUCCGAUAUUUGUUGCAAAUUGCAAAAACGGGCUUCUUUCAAACGUUAUCUUUGAAUUCACGCCCUUUGAAUUUGGGUCUUGGGAAAAUAUUCUCAGACUUUUUGUCAAAUUGCCAUACUUAGGUUCAAAGAUUGUUUCUGGAAAGGCCAUAAAAUGUAUUAAUAACUUUGACGAUUUAGGUUUUAUUACUGCAACAUCUUCUUCAAUAUUUAACAAUGUGCUAAUUUUCAUCUGGAAUCUGGCUUCUCAGUCCUCAAGAGAAGCGAUGAAGGCGUUAAAUAUGGUCAUGGGAAUUUUUGGCUUAGGAAAAGAGGAAAUAUUUAGCAUUUCAAAAGAUUCCUCGAGGUUAGAAACGGACUAUGCCGUAUAUCAACCUAAUCCCUUUUAUCUUUAUCCUGAAAGAGACAAUGUUUUAACUAAUAGAAAUCAUUUGUACCUUGUAGACGGUGGUGAAGACGGCGAAAAUAUUCCACUUAGAACAUUAGUUAUCCCUGAGAGGGAAUUAGACGUGAUUUUUGUCCUGGAUUCCAGUUCGGAUAUUGAUAACUAUCCCAAUGGCUCCAAGUUAAAGAAGAUAUUCGAAAAAUUAGAUGAGGAGAACAUUCAUUACCAAUUUCCCAACAAUAUAAAGACAUUCACUCGUCCCGUUGUUAUAGGAUGCAAUGCCACCAAAAGAUCCGGACAUGAUUCAUUUUUGCCUAUUAUAGUUUAUCAUGCCAACGCGUAUCAUGGAAACGCGUCUAAUACGUCGACAUUCAAAAUAACUUAUAAUCAGUCAGAAGUUGAUAGUAUGUUACUCACUGGAAGGGAAGUGUUUAGCAAUGACCAUGACAUUUAUUAUAAAAAUUGCCUAGGUUGUAUAUUAACCAAGAGAACAAUGGACAGGCUCCCUAGAAAAAAAAAAUUUUCGCCAUUUUGCUUACAAUGUUUUAAAGACUACUGUUACUCAUAA